CUGGGGGAGAGGGGGGACAGGACUCUAACACAAAGCUCUUCUCUCUCCUGAAAGCUCAUCUGCUGCUCCAGGGUAAGGGUCCCCCCCCGUGGCUGCUUGUGUAUAGGGCUCAGAACUGGACAGAGUUUUGUUCUCGUUCCUCACAAUAGACGGCUUAGAACAAAUCUCCGGAUCGAAGAUGAAGAUGCUCUACAUAUCAACACUGCUUCUGAUCGCUCUUGCAACCCUGGAUGCCAGGCCACAGACAGCAGGCGUAGUACAAAAAUGUAAAUCUGGUCCUAUGGAUCUGGUCUUCAUAAUCGAUAGCUCAAGAAGUGUCCGCCCAUUUGAGUUUGAAACCAUGAGAAAGUUUAUGAUUGACAUCAUUAAUUCAUUAGAUGUUGGCCUCAGCACUACCAGAAUCGGGGUGGUUCAGUAUUCCAGCCAAGUGCAAAAUGUGUUCUCUCUCAAAACUUUCUCCAACAAGUCCGACAUGGAAAAGGCCAUCAACGAGAUCAUUCCCCUAGCGCAAGGAACCAUGACUGGCCUGGCAAUACAAUACGCCAUGAAUGUUGCUUUUACAGAAGAGGAAGGAGCCCGACCCUUGUCAAAAAAUAUUCCAAGAGUCGCCAUCAUUGUGACCGAUGGGAGACCUCAGGAUCGCGUUACAGAAGUGGCUGUUCUGGCUCGGGAAGCUGGAAUUGAAAUCUACGCUGUUGGAGUACAGAGAGCCGAUGUAUCUUCUCUGAGAGCGAUGGCCUCACAUCCUCUUGAUGACCAUGUCUUCCAUGUAGAAUCAUUUGAUCUUAUACAGCACUUGUCAAUUCAGUUCCAAGACAAAUUAUCAUGUGUUGACAUGUGCACUGAAAUGGACCAUGGAUGUCAGCAUAAAUGUGUUAAUAUCCCUAGCUCCUAUUACUGUGAAUGUAACGAGGGCUACAAACUCAAUGCAGAUGGGAAAACAUGUUCUUUGAUCGAUCUCUGCGCUCAAGGAAAUCAUGGCUGUGAACAGAUCUGUGUCAGCUCCCCGGGAUCCUACUCUUGUGCAUGUCGGGCAGGCUACCAACUCAACGAAGAUAAGAAGACUUGCUCACUGAUAGACCUCUGUUCUCAAGGAAAUCAUGGCUGUGAACAGAUCUGUGUCAGCUCCCCAGGAUCCUACUCUUGUGCAUGUCGGGCAGGCUACCAACUCAACGAGGAUGAAAAGACUUGCUCAAUGAUAGACCUUUGCUCGCAAGGAAAUCAUGGCUGUGAGCAAUUGUGCAUCAGCUCCCUUGGUUCCUAUUCUUGUGCUUGCCGUGCAGGGUACCAACUUAACAAUGAUAAAAAAACCUGCUCAAUGAUUGACUACUGUUCAUAUGAAAAUCACAGCUGCCAGCAUGAAUGCGUGAGUAUUCUGAAUGGAUAUUAUUGUCGCUGCAAUGAGGGGUACACUCUACAAGCUAAAGGCAAAACCUGCGUUGCUGAUGACAUGUGCAACAUCGUGGACCAUGGAUGUGAAUUUAAGUGCGUCAGCACCCCUGGAUCCUACCACUGCAUUUGUCCAGAGGGCCAGGAACUUCAGGCAGAUGGAAAGACUUGUAACAAAUGCUCCACUGGUUACAUCGAUUUAGUAUUUGUCAUUGAUGGUUCCAAGAGUGUCCGACCUCAAAAUUUUGAGCUGGUAAAGGAGUUUGUAAUAAACAUAGUGGAUUCCCUGGCCAUCUCUGCACAAGGAACACACGUUGGCCUGGUCCAGUACUCCAGUCGUGUACGAACAGAAUUUUCCCUCGAUCAGUAUAAAAACGCCCAAGAUAUCAAGACAGCUGUGAAAAAUAUCCAGUACAUGGAGAAAGGCACCAUGACCGGCCUGGCACUAAAACACAUGGUGGAGCAAAGUUUCUCUGAGGCAGAAGGAGCCAGAAAAAAUGUACCCAAAAUUGGCCUGGUAUUCACUGAUGGACGUUCUCAAGAUGAUAUCUCUGAAUGGGCUAAAAUAGCAAAGGAGGCUGGCAUCACCAUGUACGCUGUGGGCGUCGGGAAGGCUGUCGAAGAUGAAUUAAAUGAAAUUGCUUCAGAUCCUGUAAAUAAACACUCCUUUUACACGGCGGAUUUCAGCACAAUGAAUCUUAUCGCUGAAGAUUUUAAACUUAACAUUUGUCCAGAGGAGAUUAAAGGUACAACAGAGACAAAGAACCCCUGUGACUGCGAGCACCUCGUCAGUUUCCAGACAAGCACCAUUACAAAGCUUGAGAGCCUUUCAGAACAACUGGCUCAGCUGACUGCAAGACUCGAAGAUCUGGAAAACCAAUUGGUCAGCAAAAAAUGAAGCAACCGAGGCGAAGACCUUAACCAACGUCAGUCCGUGUGAUUUUUCUCGAGGUCGAGCAACAUCCCAUAGUAACCCUCAGAAGAAGGCAUCCAAGUAUAAGUCAGGUCCAAGUUGUAAAACUAUCCAUAUUAUAAAUAAAUGUGAAUAGGUUGUUUAUUAUUAAUAUUAUUAUAAUAUUGUUACUACUUUUAGUAGAGGCUUUGCCCGAAAGGUGGUGAAUUUAUAGUAGUAUAUAGUGUUAGGGUAUUUCUUUUUUCUACUUUGAAACUGACUUUUCUUUUUAUAUAUAAAUUUAAAUAAUGCCUCUUUGUGGAACAAAUAAGCUAAGCAAGGGAUUUUUUUCUACAACCAUUUUAAUGAAUUUCAAAAAUAAAAAUCCGAUCCAAGGCUCUGAAGUCUAAUAUUGAGUAGUUUGGACAAUGAAUGGCUUCUUCUGUAAAAUGGAUUCGAUUAAAUGGUAGGGAUAGAAAAAAAAACUAGUCCAGAAUAACCAAACCCCCAAGUAUUUUAAGAGAAUUUUAAUGUUCUGUAUUGAGGCAAAAGGGACCUCAAAACAAAGCAUUAAAAUGAAGGAUGACGAAAAGUCUGAUGAGCAGCAGUUGAUGUCCUACAGAAGAGCAGAAUGUGAAGUACUAAAAAAGCUGGAAAAUUUACAUUUAUAAAUUUCUGUUGAAUUAUCUACAAGACAUGCCUUGGAGUAAUGCCAACAGUGCCUUAUGGCAUUGAGCUUCCUUCAAAACGAGUGCCUUCUACACAACUAUAAGGCUGUUCUUCACUUGUGCUAAACUUUAAAUAACCAUUUUAACUCACUACUGAAACCAAAUUGAGACCACAUUUACUGUUUAUUGCUAUUGGACCCUUUGGAGCAUAAUCUCCACAUCAAUCUCCUACCUGGAUAAAGUAUGGACAAGCUGAAGAGCCUUCUCUCUGGAGAAGGUUUCUUUACCGUUGCUUGUUUUGGAAGACCACAUCUUCACUUGGGUUUCUGGUCUUUCAUGUUGAAACAAUGGUAGAGAGAAAUGGCUUCCCAAUGUAUAAACACAAGGGCUAGAUGUAGACCUUGGAUUGGCUAUCCCUUUGCUCCACUGUCAGUGCAGAAGCUGCUAGAAGAUGUAAAACAGACGUAUGUAUAAUAAAAAUGGCACUUUUAUUAGACACAAGGCUUGGAGCUCGAAACAAACCCUUAAAUGGUAACAAUUGCCCAAGUUCCCAUACAAAACCUAUGUUUGAAACUACCUAUCUAUGUAUAUAGCUCAAGAGAAUGAUCGAAACUGCCAUGUGGGAAGUGGACUUUGAAACGGCCUGUUUGAAAAUGUUGACAUGUAUCGCUAGAUAUAGCAAGACUUGUUUGCCAAAGGAUUACAACGGUAAUGACAAUGCGCUUGUGAGAAACCAAUAUGUUUUCUUUAACGACCUUUGUAACAUUUUGUGUGACUGGUCCCAUUUAAGAGAAAAAAAUAAAUGAUUUUUUUUUUUUA